UCUCUAAUCUGCAAAGUUAUUACAGAAAAAGCAGCAAACACCUGUUAAAAAUUAAUUUUCUGCCUUCUGUUCUUGUUCAGUCGCAUGUUGCACACCAAUCAUGGAUGGUACAAGAAGAGGGGAAAGUGCCACCAUACAACAAUGCACAUGGCUCACAAUCAUGUUUUUUUCUCAGCAGUGUUCUGAAUAGUUUACCUGAGCUGGGAGCAAUGGUGAGGAUAAGAAGCUGACUCUUUGGCCCAUAUGUCAAUUAUUCAGUAGUCAACCAUGCUUGCAGAAUUGAGUUUCCUUUGUGUCGUCUGCAACAAGCUCAGCUAUCGGAUGACCAAACAGCGUACAUGUCAGCUAGGAGACCUGACACACCCUCUAUAUGCCUCUCUGUGCGAUGCAACAUUAAAAUGCUCAACAGAGUGCUAUUAAAAUAAACACAGUUCUGUUGUUGACCACAGCCUCACUCAAGUGUGUUAUCAGCAACACAAAUGACAGCCUGACAACGGCAACUGAGUGACAUGGCUCCCAUGUGACAAAGAUGUAUGUUUGCAUCUCAGUAUAGUGUAUAGAAAUGAAUGACCGUCAGGUUUCUCUGUAGACACUUCAUCUGGCAUUCUUUAGACAGUUAUCUGUAUUAUUUACAGUUCUAUGUGUUUAUAAUACCAAGUGACUGCCUGCCAUUUUGUUGUUUGACAGAAAUGUUCAGCUUCUCUUAGAGUGAGUAAUUUAAGCAUCUGUGCUGGCACAGAAAAGGACCUUUGAUCUGUGGCAUGGCUGUGCAAACAGAUGUAUCCUGGUUAUUAAGUAUUUGAUAAAUGUCACCUAUCAUCACUCCCCACCCCUUAUUCAAACCAUGUUUUCCUCCUGCUGCUCUAGCCGUGUGUUAGAGCAAGUUAAGGAGUGUGAUCUAUCAUAAUAUUUUUACGGACAUUUUCAGAAAUUGGCAUAAUAAGGCAUGACCUGAACCACUCCUGCUCACGUAAACACUGAGGUAAAGAUGCAACAACAACAAGAUAGCUCAAACAAAGUUAGGAUCAGAGUGUAUUCAGAAAGUUAUUUACUGGAGUUCUUAGAUGACAUUUGGAUAGUUAUGGGAAAAGCUUGGGUGAGUCAGCAAAUUGCAUAAGCAAAUAUUGAUCUCUGUAUUUACAUAUUCUGUGUAUGGUUAUUGAAUCCACAUCUGACUUGCCACAGGUGGUGCAUGAGAAAUGCCCCGCCUCUACAGAGCCAGGGAUGCAAAUAGUACCUCUGCAGGUGUCAUUUUACACUUGAUCCUUUGAACAAGAGGUGCAGUCAUCAGAUCACAGCAGCUCUCUUACAAUGAAAACCAGACAGCGUGCUACCGUCAGCUGAGACGCACUGACAAUAACACUCAAUAGGAUCAGUCAACCAAUCGUUGCCACCAUCACUGCUACAGCUAUGCCCAUAGCAGAUCUUUUGGGAGUCCAGUUCGACAUGCAGCUGCUGUUGAAACUGAGUCUCUCUGUGGCUGCGGUGCUGCUGGUUUCUUGGGCCUACAGGUUCUACAGCUCCAGGGAUGCAAAGAAAAUUCCAGUCUGUGACAAAGACAACAAAGAGCCAGAAAAUGCAACCUGCCAAAACUGCAAGACAACACUACGAUGUCAAAACCCACCAAAAUAUGACACAGAUGAUGGGGGCAAGCAACUCAGACCCUCGCACACAGACUCAGCCACUGAUGACCUGACAUCUGACAGCACCAAGGAAACGGCAGCAGAAGUUUGUCCACGCCAAGGUGCAAAGAGUGAGGAUGCCUUCAAUAUGACAUAUAGUGACCAAGACAUCAGCUUUAAAGGAGAGAUACUCACUCAUCAGAAGCAGGCGAAGGUUUCGACCAGUAAUAUUUCAUUUGGCUCUGCUUUGAACCUUCCUCGUCCAACAGAGAGUGGGAUGGUCAGUACAACAGGGCGCCGCUCCCCUUGCUUUUUGCAGAAGCUGGAGGGCAGUGUGGGUGUGGGCAGAGAGUUAAGGCAGGACUUGGAGCGCCAGGGGGCCUACUCCAGCUUCCUCUCCAAGGCAGAGAUCAAAGUGAAGGAUGCUAACGUGGUACUGGAAGGAACGGGGGACCAGAUUGUGCGCGGAAAGAUAUAUGAUUAUUAUGUUGAGUCUUCCUCUCACUCGAUUACAGACUCAAAUACUGUGCUGGGUCAGUUUGAGAGGAACUGUGAGUCGCAGCCAGUGGAGUUUGGAAGUCAUGGCAGCAGCCUCACAGAAUCUCCUUCCUCCCUGAGCCCCAUCAUUAUGCGUGAUCUGGUUUUACCACAAAGCUCUGCUGAGGAUCCCUCCACACUGGGAAACCUCAAGCUGAGGCAUCCUGCAAGGCCUGUACUCCAACGCAAGGAGAGCUAUCUGUCUGCAGCUGAGCAGUCUGAGCUUUCCAUCCCCUUUCUAACAUCAAGAGCCUCAACUCCAAUGACUCACUCUCCAGCCUCAACCAGCGACGAGUCCGUCUCUGUUCACACUAUGAUCUUCAGCUCUACAGACAGCAAAGAUCUUAAUAUGAGGGAGAGGGCAGAUCUAGAGACUGUAGCAGGGGCUCCAUUUUUACACCUUCCAGCAAAAAUUCUUAACAGCAAAGAUUUGGAAAGCUUGAAGAGUAAACUUGAUCUGGGUAACUGUUUGGAGACACUGUAUCUGGCCAAGAAACAUGGCCAGCCCACUGUGCAGCAAGCAGCCCUGGGAGUCAUGUCAGACAACUACCUCCAGGUGCUCAGGGACCCCAACCUUUAUGGGCGGCUAAUGGCUGGUGAGCGGGAACAAAUCCAGAAGCAGAGAAUGAGAGGGAGAAAGUUAGUCAUGGUGGCAGAUAUGGACCCUCAAGACUGGGCGAGGAACACAGGAGGGCCGACAGCAGAAACAGAGCAGAGGAGGACAUCCAGUGCAGUGUACUAUUAUGAUGACUACAAAGACACCUGGCAUACACUCUGCCUGAUCCCACAGGAGGUCAUCUCUAAAGCCUGUGCCAUGUGCACAAUGGAUAACUACUUAUUUGUAACAGUGGGCUGCCAAGGUACAGACAGAGAAAUGACACCCUCAAAGCGAGUGUUUUGCUACAAUCCUUUGACAUCCAUUUGGAAGGAGAUCAGUCCUAUGAAUGAAGCCAGGCCCCGCUGCAAACUGGCAGCUCUCGAGGGCUACAUCUACGCCAUCGGAGGGGAGUGCCUCUCCUCAGUGGAGCGCUAUGACCCGCGUUUGGACAGAUGGACAUUUGUGGCUCCACUGCCUAAUGAUACAUUUGCUGUGGCACAUCACGUCACAGUGUGCAAUGGAGAGCUUUUUGUUUCUGGGGGAACACUUAGAUAUAUGUUACUGCGCUACAGCCCCAAAACCAACACCUGGAGGCCAAGUCUGUUAGUAGGUAGCAAAGACAGAACUGCAGAUAUGGUAGCUGUGGGGAGAUUUUUGUAUCGGUUUGAUGUUAACUCACUGCUGGGUGUCAGUGUAUAUCGCUACCAUACAGUAGCUCGACUGUGGUAUGAGUGCAGCUCCAAACGGCUUAUGCGCUGCCCUGCCUUCCAGUGUGUCACGAUGGAUGACACAAUCUAUUGUGUCAGCCGCCAGUUCACCAUGAGGUUUGAGGCUGAUGAGAUCUCUCCUGCUUUCAUAGAUGAGAAUUUGAGUGUCCUCUCUGCAGCGAAGGGCAUACUUUUCCCCUUUGUUCUUUCACUCCCUGAUAAGAAGCCUCGGCAGACUAGUGUGUAACGAGGACUCAGUUUUCCAUUGAUGAUAAGAUUAGGUGGUGAUGGAGUAUCUCUACAAGAGCAUGUGUUACAUCAAGUUUCUUGUUGACUUACUGGGUUAUUCUUCCAGGUUUAUGUCCAACCCAGCCCAACCCCAAAUGUUAUUGCAAAAUUGUAACCACUGUGUUGUCAUUUAUUUGACAUGUUACCAAGAUCACCUUUCCACACAGCUUCUGUUUCUGGAACUAAUUUGUUUUGUUGGAAUCGAUAUUGCACAAAGAAAUGUGUGUUUCUUAUGUCUCGGUCCUUUGCAGUAGAUGUAACAUAUUAGACUCUUAAUGGUAGUCAAACUACUGUUUCCUUAGAUUUAUGCAGGAUGUGCUGCCAUGUAAAGUGUUUGCUUCUUUGAUUUGCCACUCCUUCCUGCCAUUAAGUUAGUUUUAUAUCAUCCCAGAUGCUUAACCUCUUUAGCUGAAAAGAUAAUUCAUAAGAGUAAAUGAGUUCAUUCAACUCUAACAUAUUACAGAGAAUGGGAAACAUAGUGAUAAUGUAUCACUGCUCCACUGUGUAGGCCACAAAUAUAACUUACACAGUGGCCUGGAUACAAUGCAAUUAUCUACAGUUGCUCUUUAAAUAUGACAGGGUGUAAAUGGUUUUGUCAUGCAAUAUAAAUAGGUAAACUCCUAAAAGCAUUUGUCGCUACUUUUGAAACUCCUCCAACACUCAGACUUUUAGACGCAGUUAUAUUUCUAAUUUUAUUCUCUCAUGGAUAGCCAUUUGUUUAAAUUUUGACUUGCUGUAUUUUUUGUUAAUUGUACCAAAUAAUCUCUUUGUUUUGUCAUCUAUUGUUUCAUAAACAUCAAAGAAAUAUA